UAGCCGCUCGGACAUCAAUCAUGAUUGGUUAAUCUACCAGUCCCCACGACAACAAUUGACACAAGCCAACCACAUCGAGUAAAUCGUCACUUCAUCACAAGACUCACCGAUUCAAUGUCUCGUUCGAUAAGAAUAAAUACCUACAUGUUGUAUAAUACAACACAACUCCUCUCAUCCACCCUUCCUCAUAUACACUAUUUUAUCAUUCUCUCCUAAUCCUAUAAUCAAAAUGAAACUCAAUCCCUUCAUCUUUUUGUGUCUGAGUCAUCUUCUUCCAUCAACAUAUGCAUGGGGAACAUUAGGUCACCAAACCGUAGCAUACGUAGCUACGAAUUUUGUAGCAGAUGAAACUAGAGAUUAUUUCCAAACACUGCUGAAAAAUAAAACGGAGAGUUAUUUGGCAGGGGUAGCGACGUGGGCUGAUAGCUUCAGAUAUACCAAGGCGGGAAAGCAUACAGGCGCUUGGCAUUUUAUCGAUGCGAUGGAUGAUGUACCUAGAUCUUGUGGAGUUAAGUUUGCCAGGGACUGUGGGGAGGAAGGGUGUGUGGUUGGAGCUAUUUUGAAUUUUACGAACCAAUUGCUUGACCCAAAUGCUGUGAGGUAUGACAAGUAUGUUGCUGCAAAGUUCAUCGUCCACUUUGUGGGAGACAUUCACCAGCCUCUUCAUGCUGAGAAUAUCGAUGUGGGAGGAAACACUAUCGCUGUAAAUUGGGCUGGCAAAGAUACCAAUCUUCAUCACGUUUGGGAUUCAGCCAUACCCGAAAAACUUGUUGGAGGUUAUUCGAUGAGUGAUGCUCAUGACUGGGCAGACGUGCUGACCUCCGCUAUUAAUACUGGCGUGUAUCAAGACCAAGCACAAUCAUGGCUCGAGGGUAUGGAUAUAAGUGAUCCAUUGACAACAGCCCUGGGUUGGGCUAGAGAUUCAAAUGCUUUUAUCUGUACAACGGUCAUGCCAGAUGGAGCAGAUGCGUUGCAGGGCAAGGAGCUAAGUGGUGAGUAUUAUGAUACGUCUGUGCCAGUUAUUCAACUGCAAGUUGCAAGGGCGGGCUAUAGGUUGGCGGCUUGGUUAGACAUGAUUGUUGGUGGUUUUAAGACAGAGUUGUAGUAGCCUCGCUUAUGUUUUGGACUUUGAAGACAAUAUGGGAACUUUCAGAGGGACUAGAAUGUGACAUUGUUAAUGAAAUUGAAACGAAACACUGCGAUAUACUAAAGUAAAGAGUGAAAGAUGCUGAAAUAAUAAGUAAGGGCUAGAUGUGCA